AUGCAGGGAGGGGAGGAGAAGCCCAAGAAGGCGCCUCGCAAGCAUGUCACCACGGCGUGUGUGCCCUGUCGAGAAAGCAAGAUCAGGUGCGACGGCACAACUCCGAAUUGCAACAAUUGCCAUCGCAAGGGAAAAGAAUGUAGAUAUCAACAUGGCGAGGAUAAGAGAAAAGUCUCGCUACGAGCCGCUACAGAACUGUUCUCCGCGCGAAUCGACCAACUGACCCAGUUCAUCUACGACCAUGGGCUGGAACCGCCGCCGAUGAACCCCGAUGACGAAAUGGGAAUGACCAGGGUACUGGAUACGUUACGGAUCCCGCGCGCCCAGCCGAGACGGAUGUUCCCUGUCGCAGCUGGAAGCCCGCAAGCGAACAUCGCGCAGUCUCCUGUUAGAAGCCCGGUGCCGACAACACCAGUCGAUGGACAGCUGAGCCAGAUCAAUCGAAACACCCACAUUUCUUCUCCAUCUCCUGUGCCUGUGUCUGCGCCUGCGCCUGCGGCUACGGCGCUUCCGAAUCCACCGGUUUUCUCUUCUCCCGGGAACGUCGCUACCGAGACCCAAUUGCCUGGUAUCGUACCCGGAGUGAAUAACUGCAGUCCCAGUAGUUGGGGGUUCCUACCAACUGCCGCAAGCCUCAACACACUUUACGUCGAUAUCAACGGGGUCCCCGUCGACCAGAGCGGUCUGCCGCCGAGACAUGACGCCUCGUCUCAACAGCCGGUGUUGCCUCUCGCGCAGAGCGAAAGCGGGUUUGACUCAGACAGCGGCGAAGAAGAAGACGAGGCGCAGAAUGAAGUGAUCGAGCAACUCUCGCAUCGCAUCGGCACGCUGAAGAUCGCGGGAGACGGUCACUUGCGUUUCUACGGCGCGACGUCCAACCUGAACCUCGUCGACGUCUCGGCAACACAACAACGCCAGCGUCCUGAUGCCCGCACCGUCCGCCAGGACGGCCAGGACAUUCUCAACCACCUCCGGGUCGGACAGCCCGUUGACCAGGCCAUGGAGGAUCAUCUCGUCGAACUCUACUUUACGUGGCAGAAUCCCAGUGCCUAUGUCGUUAACAAGGAGAUGUAUAUGAUCGCGCGGUCGAAGUGGAGGACUGAGAUGGAUGAAACACCUUUCUACUCAGAGGUCCUCACCAACGCAAUGUGCGCUAUUGGGAGUACCUUUGAGGCACGAUACCACCCGACUUUCAUCACGUUUCCGAAAUCGCUCUCCGAGUUUUUUGCCGAUAGGGCCAAGGCCCUGUUGGAGAUUGAACUGGAUUCGCCUUGUGUAGCGACCGUGCAGGCACUCGUCAUCCUGGCUUCUCAUGAAGGUGCUUCGAAUCGUGAUGCUCGGGGGUGGCUCUACAGCGGCAUGUCGAUGAGGCUCGCUUUCGAUCUAGGUCUUCAUAUCGACCUGACGCCGUACGUCGAUCGGGGCGAUAUGAGCGCAUUUGAGGCCGAUGUGCGCCGUGCGGCCUUCUGGGGCAGCUACAUUGCCGAUCAUUUCUGGGGAUUCUACCUCGGUCGACCAUUCCGUAUGAAUGCGGGCGAUAUCACGGUCCCGAAGCCGGCGUCCAAUCUAGGCCUGGACAAAGAGGAAAUCUGGUGGCCGUAUGGUCUUGAAUUGAGGUCGGAAGCGCUCAGUCGGGGAUUAGACAAUCCGAACGAGUUGAUCAGCCGGCAAUUUGCCAUCUUGUGGGAGAUGAUCUCCCCGGUAGGGCAUAUUCUUUAUGGAUGCGUUGAUAUCUCGCGCCACGAUUUGCAAAGAAUUACCUCCAAAGUAACAGAGGAUCUGUUCGCCUGGAAAGAGAACCUCCCGUCCAACCUACAGAUAGAUUUGGACAAUGAGAACGUACCGGAAUUGCCGCAUCUGUUGAUGUUGCAUAUGCAAUACCAUCAGAUUGUCAUCUUUUUCCAUCGUCCUUGGGUCUCCAAAAACUACAUUCAGCCCCGGAGUCCGCGCCAGGGCCCCGGCUAUUUGCAUGCUCGACAGAAAUGCAUCGAGUCCGCCACGGCUGUUGCGCGGCUGCUCCGCCUCUACGAGAAACACUACACCUUCCGUCGCAUGAACAACGAGGUGGUGUCCAUGAUCUUCACCGCCGCCUUGAUGCUUCUCUUCGUCACCAUCUCGACCACCCCGCUGACACCUCCCCCCAGCGGGGCCGACCACCGAUCAACCAGUAACGCAGACAUGGUGGCGCAUCUGAACCUCUGUUUCCGCGCCCUGGAUGAAUUGGGCCAGUCCGUGGAAAACGCAAAGCGCACGCGCGACUUCCUCGUCGGCCUCCAGCGACGAUGGCAGACUCUUAUGCGCCGCACCGGGCCCGCCCUCAAGCGACAUCUGGAGGGUCUCCGACCGCCACCAUCGUCAUCAAAUCCUCGCGCCGAUUCUGACGCAGCUGAUACAAUCCGCAAGCGGUCCCGUACGGGGCCCGGAAUGGCCAUGAAUGCAGGCAUGGGCAGCAGGGGCAUCCCUGUUCCUACAUCGCAUCGGCCCUCCAAUUCCUUCUUGAACCCUUCAAAUCCAGCCACCACCACCACCUCACUUUCUAACCCUCCAAAUCCUCCACCACACCCGAACCAAACCCAAAACGAAACCCAGGCCCAGAACCCGUCACAGACCAAACCCUUCGCGCCCGGCCAGACCGGCGAACUCGAAUGGAUCCGCAACUCGGACAUGCAGCUUGUCUCUGACACCCUGCCUGACGGGUUCCAGCAGAUGGUCGACUCGGCGUACGGGGAGGGGACGGCGCUGCCUAGUCUCUCUGAUAUAGAGGCGUGGUGGGAUCCGUCUAAUUUUGGGGAGAACAUAUAG